AUGUUCUCCUUAUUCUCGAGCCGAAAGAAAGUUGUGCCCGUCAGGGUAACGACCAUGGAUGCUGACAUCACCGCCAUCAAUAUUGAGGUAGGUGUUUUUAAUUUAAAAAAUCUUUUUUCGAAGCUAAAAUUGUUUUAUCUAUCUAUUUUUAAAUGUAUUACAAUUGUUUGUUUUACUUGUGUAAUAUUUUUAUAGCCUGACUGGACUGGAAGACAGUUAUUUGAUGCUGUAUGCCGUAUCAUUGGUCUGCGAGAGAUAUGGUACUUCGGGCUACAGUUUGUGAACAAGAGUAACAUCUCAGUUUGGCUUCAGAUGGAGAAGUUGGUAAGUAUUCCUAUUUCUUUGAUCAAUGUUUAGAUUGCUGAACAAAAUGUGAUCAAAGACGAUUCUGGAGCCUAUCACUUCUACUUCUUGGUCAAGUUCUUUCCAGAAUCCGUAGAAGAAGAGCUGAUUCAGGACAUAACUCGACAUCUCUUCUUCCUCCAGAUCAAGCAGAGUAUUCUGAAGGAAGAUCUGUAUUGUCAAGCAGAAGCUGCUGUGCUACUGGCAUCGUACGCAGUUCAAGCGAUGUAUGGUGAUGCUUCUGAAGAUAUAGAGUUGGAAUUGGACAAGUUGUUGCCAUCUACGGUCAUCAGUCACUAUCACAUGUCCAAAGAGAUGUGGGAGGAAAGGUUGAGGAAGUGGUGGGCUAACAAUAGUGGAUUGUCUACGUAUGUUGGAUUAAAUAUUAUAUUAUAGUAUUUUUUUCUUUGUAAAUCUGGAUUUUUUAAAGCACAAAUGAUGUUUAAUUUUGUUUAAUAUUAUGACAAUGUGUUAGUGAAGACGCCGAGAUGGAGUACCUACGAGUAGCUCAAGAUUUGGACAUGUAUGGAAUACAAUACUAUCCCAUAUACGUAAGCUUACAAUCUCUAUGAUAAUAUUGUUUUAGAAUCAAAAAGACACAAAUCUGUUGUUGGGAGUGUCAGCUCAAGGUAUUGGCAUAUACGAAACUCACAACCGGCUGUCACCGAGACCUUUCUUUCCGUGGAGUGAAAUCAAGAAUAUCUCGUUCAAAAGUAAAGAAGUAAGUUUGAUUUGUUUACUAUACUGUAAAAUCUUCAAUUUUUUUAAAUUUUAGGUAAUAGUUUAUAUUGUAAUUUGUUAUAAUUAAAUUAUUUACUUAUUACAAUUUAAUUUGUACUUGCUUUAGUUUUGUAUCUGCAACGUUGACAAAAGCAAACUCAAGUUUCGAGCUCAAGAAAUGUCGAUUAAUAUGUCAAUCUUGGAUCUGUGUAUAGGUACCCACAACUUGUACUUGAGGAGAAGACAACCCGACCUUCUUGAGGUUCAGCAGAUGAAGAUUCAAGCGAAAGAACAACGUCAGAAGAGAUUGGCAGAACAGACCAAGCUUCUGAAGGAGAGAGAACGACGGAUUCAGGCAGAAGCUGAGAGAGACAAGUACAAGAAUGAAGUGGCAUUCAUGUCAGAACAGCUCACAACGAUGCAGGUAUGUACUGUUUGCUUAUUUUGAUUAAAAAUUUAUAUUAAUUUUUAAAAUAAUAAGUAAAUGUUGUCUGAUAAUAGCAUAUUAUGCUAUAGUAUCAUAUAAGCCUUCAGGAUUUCAUCAAGACAAGUGAUGAAUCUCAUCGUUUGGCUACCGAGAAGCUGGAACAGGAGACGUUAGCUUAUUCGAAACGUUGUAGCGAGGCUGAGGCAGAAGUUCAAAGAGUCAAAUUGUCGAAAGUUCAGGUAAUAAGGGCAUUUUGUCUACCUUUAGUUUAUUUUUAUUUGAAGAAGGUGCAGUUUUAUUUCUAAAAACUAUAACUUCAAGCUUCUGUUUGUGUUGCUUACUUUGCGUUGAUUAACAGGACGAUCGCUUCUAUCAGUUUCCAUCGAAUCACGCUGUUCCGUACGAUCUGAAUCCGAAGAGAUUCAGAAGCCAGGUGUUUAUCAAUGAAUUGGUUCAGGUACUUUUACUUUUAACAAGUAAUUUCUGUUACAAACUGGUCAAAAAGUCAAUAGAAUAACCUACUAUGGCCAAUCUACAAAACUUUUGUGUUUCUAUUUACUUUUUGACCAGUUAUAUUGCUUUUUACUUAUUUCAUACUAACAAUACAUUGUUUUUAAACACAUUUGUUUUACUUUUAUUGUAUUUAAACUACUCCAAUUACAGUAUGCCCCGCCAUACGGUAACGAAAACGUAGAGCCCCAACUCCGCCACUCUCACUCGACUAUGCAUCAUCUCAGCCAAACGUCAGAGAUGGUGCUGAAGGAGAACUUUGUGCACCGCACCGCUUCCAAUGGGAUGACAUCCUCGUAUAUUCAAGAAGACGAGCCUCCUGUCAAUAAUAAUGGCAGCACGGUCAUGUUGGACGAGGAAAUCCAGGAUCUCUGUGCCGAAAUCGAGAAAACAAAGUAAUUAGAGGCUACGGUAAUUAGGUUGUUUUCAGAAUCGAGAAUUCGGAGAGGAACCGCGAGCUGAAGGAGAGGUUAUCGCAUCUGAGACAGGAAAUUGAUGUCCUCAAGAAGCAGGACAGCAUCACCGAGCACGAUCGAGUUCACGCCAACAACGUGCAGAUGGGGCUGGACAAGUACUCGGCUUUGAGGAAGGUAGGUCAAUGUCAAGAUUUCGAGAAGGGUCAGCAAUUUUUUAAAUAA